AGAGGGGAGACAAUGCCUAAAAAAAAGACAGGUGCCAGGAAGAAGGCGGAGAACCGGCGAGAGCGUGAGAAGCAAUUGAGAGCCUCAAGAAGCACCAUAGAUUUAGCCAAACACCCGUGCAAUGUGACUAUUUUACAUUUCUGUUUUUCCAGGCGGCAGAAGAACAGAGCAUUUUGCUAUUUUUGUAAUUCUGUACAGAAGUUACCAAUUUGUGCACAGUGCGGAAAGACAAAGUGCAUGAUGAAGUCUUCAGACUGUGUCAUAAAGCACGCUGGUGUCUACAGUACUGGCCUUGCCAUGGUGGGCGCGAUAUGUGAUUUUUGCGAAGCCUGGGUUUGUCAUGGCCGGAAGUGCCUGAGCACACAUGCUUGUGCCUGUCCCCUGACUGACGCCGAGUGUGUGGAGUGUGAGCGCCGUGUCUGGGACCACGGAGGCAGAAUAUUCAGUUGUUCUUUUUGCCAUAACUUUCUCUGUGAAGAUGACCAAUUUGAGCAUCAAGCCAGCUGCCAAGUUUUAGAAGCAGAAACGUUUAAAUGUGUCUCCUGCAAUCGGCUCGGCCAGCACUCUUGUCUCCGUUGUAAGGCAUGCUUCUGCGAUGACCAUACAAGGAGUAAGGUGUUUAAGCAAGAAAAAGGCAAACAGCCUCCAUGCCCCAAGUGUGGACAUGAAACACAGGAAACGAAAGAUCUGAGCAUGUCCACACGCUCCCUGAAGUUUGGCAGGCAGACUGGAGGCGAGGAGGGAGACGGAGCUUCUGGGUAUGAUGCCUACUGGAAGAACCUUGCCUCUGAUAAGUAUGGGGACACCAGCUACCAUGAGGAAGAAGAGGAGGAAGAUGAUGAUGAGGCAGAGGAGGAUGAAGAGGAAGAAGAUGAAGGGGCAAAGGAUUCUGAUGCCGAAUCAUCCGAUUUGUUCACUAAUUUGAAUUUAGGAAGGACCUAUGCCAGUGGCUAUGCGCACUAUGAGGAGCAAGAGAAUUAGGAGAGCUGUAUGCGUGUAUGUGCGUGUGUGUCUGUGUGUCUGUGUGUGUAUUGGUGACACGUGGGUGUCACUUGCCUUGUGGCAGACUAGUUGCUUUUAUGAGGCAUGGAGUAGGACAUUUUUAUAGAAUCUGAUAAUCAGGCACAAGAAAAUGAGUUUUAAAUAUAAGAUGUUUAAUUGAGCCAAGCAAUUGGAGCAUCAUGAAUUGGAUUUUUACUGACAUUAGUAAUUUAGUAAGUUUUGCCAGUUAGAUGGAUACACAGGAUAAAGGAAUAGGAUGAUAAUAUAUUUGAAAUGAAAUUGCUAUUAUUAAAUAAUCAGCUUUGAAUUCAUUCUGUCUGAUUUCUAAGAAUGUAAUGGGUAAAAUGAAUGUAUUUUUUUCUGGUGCAUCCAGAGGAUAACAGUCAGAUGCUGAGUUCUAAAUUUUCAUUCUUUGUGUUACCUCAAGGGGACCAGGAUAUUUAUGUUUAGUGGUUAACUCAUCUUUUCUCUUUUCACUGUGUGUGUGUGUGUCAUUACUAGCACCACUUAGGAAUGAGGACAAUAUACAUAGAGGUCACUGCUUAGCCAUUUUCCACUGACAGAGAAUCAGAAAUAGUAUUACUACAGAGAUGCUUUACCAGUAAAUCUCAUUUAUUUGUUAUUUUGGAAUAAAUCUAGUAUUUCAGUUAAAAUA